AUGAAGUUCCUCUCCAUUGUCACUGUCCUGGUAACCCUCGCUGUUGCUCUCCCCGUCGAGCCAGCUGCCGAAGAGGCCGAGGUGCUUGUUUCGCGGAACGAGCUCGCCGUGCUUGAAGCCCGUCAGUCGAGCACCCGCAGUGAGCUUGAAUCUGGCAGUUCUUCCAGGUGCCCUCGCGCCAUCCUCAUCUAUGCCCGCGGCUCCACCGAGCCGGGCAACAUGGGAAUCACUGCGGGCCCCACCCUCGCCUCAGCCCUGACGCGCGAGUAUGGCUCAGCCGGCAUCUGGAUCCAGGGCGUCGGCGGCCCAUACGGCGCCGAACUGUCCCCCAACUUCCUCCCCUCCGGCACGGACAGAGCCUCGAUCAACGAGGCCAAGCGCCUCUUCACCCUUGCCAACACGAAUCAAGGCACCGCCGUCGUCGGCAACGCGCUGUCCGAGCUCAGCUCGGCCGUCCAGAACCAAGUCAAGGGUGCUGUGCUCUUCGGAUACACCAAGAACCUGCAGAACCUGGGUCGUAUCCCCAACUUCCCCACCGCCAAGACGGAGAUUUACUGUGCCAUCAGUGAUGCUGUUUGCUGGGGCACGCUGUUCAUCCUGCCCGCGCACUUUUCUUACAAUGCUGAUGCUGCUGGCGCGGCUCCCCGAUUCCUCAUCCGCCAGAUCGUGCGUGGCUGA